AUGUAUGGCAGCAAUCACCUCUUGAUCAGCAAUGUCACGCGUGGUGAACAGCAUGACACAGCUGAAGCAAAUAUCAUCCAACUAGCCUCCGCCGCCUCGUCCCGUUCAUUCCACCACGCUUCCACCUUGCCAUACCGCUCCCCCAGAUCAUAUAAAAUUCUCAUCCAUCUCUUCAUCUUCUUGUACCUCUCCCUCUCCGCCUCGGUCGUCGGGUGGCGCACGCCACUGAUUCAGGCGAGCUGGCGCAAGUUCUUGACCUCCGCCAUGGGGACCGGAGGCGCGCGCCUGAGGCAUGCGCGAUGUUGA